AUGUUUACUUGCUCUACUUUUGUUGGUUUUACUGUCAUCCUUGUUUAUGUUGAUGAUUUGCUUCUUGCUGGUGAUAACUUGGCUGAAAUAAACUCUGUUAAGACUUCUUUACAAACUAUUUUUAGCAUUAAGGAUCUUGGUGUUCUUAAAUAUUUUCUUGGUUUCGAAAUAGCACGUACUAAAAGAGGUAUUUCCUUAUGUCAAAGAAAAUACUCUCUAGGUAUUCUUGAAGAUACAGGUUUGCUAGGUUCGAAACUGUGCUCUACACCCAUGGAUCCUAAUUUAAAAUUAUCUAUCACUUAUGGUCAACCUCUAAGCAAUGUUACUAUUUUUCGUCAAUUGAUCGACAAACUGUUGUAUCUUACAAAUACUCGCCCUAAUAUUUCUUUUUCGGUUAACAUGUUAAGUCAAUUUUUAUCAGCUCCAACUGAUAUACAUUUGAAUGUUGCCCUCCGCAUUCUCAGAUUCAUCAAAAACAGUCCUAGGAAAGGUCUUUUUUUCCCAGCUAACUCAUCUUUCAGCAUCAAAGGUUUUUGUGACUCGGAUUGGGGUGCUUGCUCAGACACUAGACGCUUUACUACUGGAUUCUGUUUCUUUCUUGGUUCAUCCUUAAUUUCUUGGAAGAGUAAGAAACAACCAACUGUUUCUCGGUCUUCAUCUGAGGCCGAAUAUCGAGCCCUUGCGCAAGCCACUUGUGAAGCACAAUGGCUCUUGUUUCUACUAUGUGAUUUCCACAGUAUUCAUCCAAAACUAGUUGUCAUCUAUUGUGACAACAAGUCAGCCCUUCAUAUUGCAUCCAAUCCGGUAUUUCAUGAGCGGACAAAACAUAUUGAGAUGGAUUGUCAUGUCGUCCGAGACAAAAUUCAAGCAGGAAUUCUACAUCUUAUGCCUACAUCUACUGCUGAUCAGACAGCUGACUUAUUCACCAAAGCUUUACAUCAUUUUCCUUAUUUUCGCCUUUUAUUCAAACUUGGAAUGUUAGACAUCCAUUCCAGUUUGAAGGGGACUAUUAGACAUACCUAA